AAUGAAGCACAAAGUGCCCAAGACGCAGAUUCAGGACCUGCAAAACUGUAUCAGAUCUAAGAGGAUCAAGCUAUUCAACUCAAAAACUAAGGAGAAAUCCUGCACCCAGACCUCUGGGAAGUCAAAUACGGAGCUAAUUUCCAAGAUAAAAGCAUGCAUGAAUUUUGAAAAACGAAAAAAUGGAAAAAUUGAUAUACUCCAACUGCUCCCAAUGACCCAAUAUUCCUUUAAAAAAGGACUUUCUGAUUAUACUCGGAGGAAGAAAAAGAGACUGGGAAGCAAGAAGCAUCCUAGUAAGGAUGCUUCUGCAAAGGCUCAGGCUGGUAAUCAAAAAGAGAGUUAUAUAAGUAAAUAAAUCUAAUAUUAGUAAUUAUGAAAGGUUAUCCACAUCACAUACACUGAGUUUGUCCCCAGCAAGGACUACACAGCAUACAAAUGGCUUUUAUGAGUUCAAGGAGAAUAUGUUCGAAAUUAAACCUAUCGAAGUAAUCAAGUUUGACAACAAAGAGAUAGCGAGCAGCGGGUUCUCUAGUCUUAACCAAUUUACUAAAUCGUAUCGUACGAAGCUCUGGAAAUUCAAAUCAAGGAUGAAUCUCUGUCAUAGCCCGGAGAAGGGAGGAUUUAGAGCACAAAGAAUGGUCCACUCACAACAUAAGCUGAAGAGAAGAAUGAAUAAAACAAUGGAAAAUCUAAAUUUUCCAGGACUUUAUAUUAAUAACUCAAAAAAUCAAGAAAAGAAAGUAAAAGUUAAUGAUUAUGGAGAAAAUCCUGAUAUUAGUAGGAAUUUUCAAACAAGGACUACCCCCGAAACAUGUCUAAAGAAGGACCAAGAAGUUGGGAAUUCCAAAGAAGACAUCUCUCAAUCCCUCAGUGACCAGGAAUACACUAGCAGAGAUCUUGAACCCAGGGUGAGGCCAAGGCUUGGUCUUUGUAGCUCUCAGAGAAGAAAUAUCAAAAUAUUUAUCAGAAACCCAGUAGAGUCAGUCUAAUCAAUAAACAAA